AAACUGUAUCAUUAGUGUUACACCAUCGGAUGUAGCAGGAAUAGAUCAUUACUACUUCUAAACCAUUAAACCAAGCACAAAAACCGCUAAACAUUUCGCCUCCUCUCACCUGACACUAAAUACCUGUGUACAUAAUAACACAAACACUCUUUAUUUUCCUCUUAUCUCAAUAAAAACAAGUGUUAAACAUAAAAUCAAAGCAGUUAAACAAAUUUUAUCGAUUUCGAACAAUCGACCGUUAAUUCACCGCAAAAUUCUACAAUAAUCAACAAAAAUGUCCAAGUUAGAACCCCGUCUGAACAUCGACGAGCCCCUAUGGGACCAGAGCACGUUCGUGGGCCGUUUCAAGCACUUCAUGUGGAUGACCGACCCACGAAGUGGUCUUGUAAGUGAAGACACUUUAGACAACGCUAAAAAACUAGUCCUUGCCUAUCGCAAAGGCCAAGAACCACGGUACCACCGGGAGGAAGUCAUCUACGCGAAGAAACUCUACGAGAGUGCUUUCCACCCCGACAGCGGCGAGAAACAGAAUGUUUUCGGCCGGAUGUCUUUCCAAGUUCCCGGCGGAAUGCUCAUCACUGGAGCCAUGCUGCAAUGGUAUCGAACCAGCACGGCGGUUGUGUUUUGGCAGUGGGUGAAUCAGUCGUUCAACGCGUUGGUUAAUUACACGAAUCGGAAUGCAAACAGCCCGAUCACCACCACACAGAUGGGUGUAGCGUAUGUUUCGGCUACGUCCAGUGCGAUGAUUACAGCUCUUGGGUGUAAAGCUUACUGGACGAAGAAUGCCAGUCCUUUUAUUCAAAGAUAUGUGCCGUUUGCGGCUGUGGCUGCAGCUAACUGUGUAAACAUCCCUCUGAUGAGGCAGUCUGAGAUUAUCAACGGUAUUGAUGUGUAUGAUGAGAAUAAUACGGUGAUUGGCCAGUCGAGAUUUGCGGCUGUCAAGGGUAUUACUCAGGUUAUUACGUCGCGUAUUACAAUGUGCGCUCCGGGCAUGAUUAUCCUGCCGAUUAUUAUGGAAAAGUUGGAGAAGUUUAGCUGGAUGCAGCGGAUGACAUAUUUACAUGCGCCUAUGCAAGUUAUGAUGGUUGGAUGCUUCUUGACUUUCAUGGUUCCUACUGCUUGUGGAUUGUUCCCACAGAACUGCAUGUUAAAAACAUCAACAAUCAAAUUCCUGGAACCUGAAGAAUAUCAGAAGAUGAAAGACAAGUGGGGUGACAAAUUGCCACAGUAUGUCUUCUUCAACAAAGGUCUUUAAGUCAUCUGCCAUCCAAUGAGGUGAAACCACAACGAAUCUCCGACUGUGUGAUUCGUUAGCAUUAAUUAGUCAAUAAACGAAACGCGAAUACGAAUACAAACACAAACACGAGGCACGAACAGGUAUUAUAAUUGUUACAUUGUUAAAACCAAAAAUAUCAUGUUAUAAUGCUGAAUAUUGAGGAAUAAUUCGAUUUAAUUCAUUAUAAUUUGAAUUAUUUCUCAAUGAAAGUCAAGUCAAUGAGGCAAACGGUUGAUAUACUGGGUGUUUAACCCCAUAGUGUCAGACAAUACAGUAGUUAAUAAGUGUAAGUAUUAAAUGUGUUGUUUUCCAUUAUCCCAUUGCCAUUUUGAAGCUUUGUUUUAAUGCUUUGAACAAAAAUAUUGAAAAAUUUUAGUUUUUAGAGUAGUGAACAAAGAAAUAUCAUAUAGAACCAAAGCAAUGUAUGAAAUACUUUAAAGUAUUGCAAAUAAUUUUGUUUUUAGUUCAAAUUAAUAAUUUUAUGAACAAUAAUGAACAAAAAUGGGAGUAAUAGUAAAAAUGUAACAAAACGUGUGUAUACUUAAUUGUAAUAAUGUGCAAUACUAUGUUAUUUGAUUGUAAUCUUGCCGAAUGUAGCAAAUAUCAGGAAAUAUUACCGAAAAGUAUGAAA